UGCCCCCCCCCCUCGUUCCUCCGCGACCACGUGGCUACGAGCGCAGGCCCCGCGCUGCAUCCUGUGCCCUUGCGUUGUCUAUCGCGCUAAGCUAGCUCGGCCAGGUAGCGCUGCGACGUUUUGCGCACCAUGUCUGAUUCCGUUGCAAAAUUCCAAGCCGAGGUAGCGGCCGUGAUGGAGGUCCUGCUGAAGGUGGCCGUCAUGGAAAUAACCAAAGUGUUUGAGGGCCGUUCUUUCCUGUCUGAAGGUUGCACGGUCGACGGGCGACCCAACAUCCGUGCGGAACCUUUACCCGAUCUCAAGGCCUGCAUGGAAGGAGCACUGAGAAGCCCUGCAAACAAGAUUGUUUGCAGCGUCGGUGUGCAAGUAGGCGAAACGACGCCAGUGGAGGCACAUGAUAAAGGCAUGACCAGGGAGAGAAGCAAGCUGUGCUUGCAGACCACUCAAAUGGGGGAAGGGCUGUCCCCCACAGAAAGUCCCUUCAUAGACCUUGUGGAGACUGUGGAUGUACAGUGCACUGUUGAUUUUCCAUACACUAUCUUUAAAGAAAAGACUAAGAGAGGGGAGCGGGGUGACACGAUUACCCUUUCGCCUGCGUGGGGUGGCGUCCCUCAAGGAGAGGGGUCCAGUCAGGAGAAUGACCUUCAGGACCCAAGUCCUCUACAUGAUCCUUUACCAAGUUCCGUUCUGGAAAAUAAACCUCUGUUCAGCACCGUGACAACUACAGACCUUUCCCUACAGAGUUUGGGCCACUCGCACCCGGAGGUCAUUUCCCUUUUGCCUGUGGAAGAGCAGGCUAAAGUGGAGCCCCUCGAGACAGUUGUAAGCCCAGAAGAACAGGCUCAUCCCAGUCAAAAUGUAGAAAAACCGUGUGCAACCAUGAAGGUGAAUACCUCCAAUUCCUUAACUGGGGUUAAGAAAGUGCAGUUCCAACUCAGCCAGUCGCCGUUUGACUGCAAGAUGUUGCGUCCGUGUUCUGUGCAGCUUGUGAACCUGCUACUCGCAUCGGGUCCAAAAAAGAGAAGCGUUGAUGUCGGUCCCAAUGGAAAAGGGUUCUCAAUGCCCAAAGACCUCCGAGCCCACCAGGGCGCCCACACAGGGAGGCGACUGUGCUGCUUCACCGCGUGCGGUAACGGUGUGUGGCGUCUGCACGCCAGCCCUUCUCAGGAGCGCUUGUACGGCUGCAAGAUUUGUGGCAAGUCCUUCAAGCGGCGGAAGAUCCUCAGGAGGCACUAUCGCUUCCACACGGGGGAGAAACCAUACUCAUGUCCCAACUGCAACAAAGCGUUCGCCCUGCGCAAAAGCCUGCGUAGGCACGAGAGGUUCCACUCGGGGGAGAGGCCGCACGUCUGCCCUCAGUGCGGCAAAAGCUUCCGUCUCAGGGACAAUCUAAAGGCCCACCAGCGUUUUCACACCGGGGAAAAGCCAUUCACGUGCAGCCUCUGCUCUAAAAGCUUCCGCAUCCAUAAGAAUCUACAGAAACACAGUAUAAUUCAUUCGGUGCCCGGGAUUUUUAAUUCGGUCAAAUAACCAAGCAGUGCUGAUCUGCUAGUUUUACACCUGAAUUCAACACUGCUGGUGUCAACUUGUCUACUGACAAAUAUUUUUGAAAAAUUGCAGCAGUGUUAGUGAGAGGCAGUAAAUCAGGGCAAUUUUUAAGGUGGUUCAUAACAUCUGCCAUUACACUGAAUGUGGUGAAGACAUUGUGUAGUUUGUCAUAGUGUAUCGGACAUUUAUAAUUGAAGCUUGAUUUCUAAUUCAUGAGUGUUUGUCUAGACUAUGUGUGUUACUAAAGAACACAAAAUUACAUUUAAAAAUAAGCUGUUCUAGACUUAAACUCUUUGGAACUAGGUGGAAAAACACAAGAAGUGUUCCGCCCUUUUUCAGUAUAUGCUAAUUGCCUGUGCUACUACAGGAUUGGCCAGUCUUUUGAAGGCCAUUGAAUUAAAUUAGUAGUUUAUGCAACAGUGAUCUCACUCCAUCCUUAUUCAGAGAAGGAACCUAAUUUCUCCAAACUGCUGUAAACGCACACAGGCUGCUGCUGAGAUGAAAGGGGAAACCAUCACAUGUAUUUGUAGAAUCUACUAUUAGUAGACCCAGAGCAUUAACGUGCGUGUUAACAGUGUGCAUGAUGCAAACUGAUGCUCAUAUAAGCUUUCAUUACUUAUCUAUGUUUGCUUCGCUGCUCUGGUACAGAAGACUAAUGAGCAGAAUUCUUCCUGGUUAGAGGCAUUUGAGGUUGGUGUAAACUUUUGUACAUUUUCUGCGCACCAGCGCAUUGUGGAAUAUCUUUAGUGGGGAUUAAAAUGUAGCUCACAUUUUUGUAUAACUCUAAAUUUGAUACAUCUAAUAUGACGUUUAUUUAGUGAUGCCUCUUUGUCGAGUUAAAUGAACAAACAUACUUUUGUAGUUUUUGUUUACGCCCCCCCCCAGAUUUGACUACUCGUUGAUCGUGAAUACUAUGUGCAUCACUUUUCAAUCUGCAUAAUUGCGUAUCGUUGAUUAAGCAAUGUUUGUAAAUAUUGCACCAAAUUUUGUUUCUCCUGACUACUGUAUAUGUUGUUAUUUGCUUUUUGUUUGUUCAACA